AGGCUCCGCCCACCGCCGCUGCCCAAGGAAGCUGCACGUGGUUGGCCGCGAUGCCGAAGUCCAAGCGGGACAAGAGGGUCUCCUUAACCAAAACCACCAAGAAAGGUUUGGAAGUGAAGCAAAACCUGAUCGAAGAGCUACGAAAAUGCGUGGACACCUACAAGCGUCUCUUCAUCUUCUCCAUUGCCAACAUGAGAAACAACAAACUGAAGGAUAUUCGUAGUGCUUGGAAACACAGCAGGAUAUUUUUUGGGAAAAACAAAGUGAUGAUUGUGGCUCUGGGUCACAGCCCUUCGGAUGAAUACAAAGACAAUUUGCACGAGGUCAGCAAGCAUCUGCGAGGGGAAGUCGGCCUCCUUUUCACGAAUCGCACCAAAGAUGAAGUUAUAAAGUGGUUUUCCCAGUUCAGAGAAACCGAUUUUGCCCGGGCUGGAAACAAGGCCACCUUCACAGUCAAUUUAGAUAUGGGACCCCUGGAGCAGUUUUCCCAUUCCAUGGAACCUCAGCUGAGGCAGCUCGGAUUGCCCACAGCCCUGAAAAAAGGUGUAGUGACGCUUCUCUCCGAUUAUGAGGUUUGCAAAGAGGGGGACAUCCUGACCCCAGACCAAGCUCGCAUCUUGAAACUCUUUGGAUACGCCAUGGCCGACUUUAAUGUGAUGAUCAGGAGCAUGUGGGAUGCCGAGACGGGAGAAUUUGAACAGCUGGAGACCCCCACUGAGGAGGACCCUUCAGGAGAGAUGGAGGAGGAAGAGAAAGAGGAGGAGGGAGAUGCAAGUAAUGAAGAAAAUUAGGGCAGAAGAAAUACGAAUAGACCUUGGGUUUUUUAAGAGCUUCAUAACUCAUGCUCUCUUCUUAAUGGAGGACUGAACUAAUAAGGAUCCUGUCAUAAUAUGACUUCUAAGAGUGUGAAUGUAUAUAUAUAUAUAUAUAUAUAUUACAAACUAUUCUAAAUUCGUCAGCAGAUGGCUGAUGAAAGCUUAGUAAAAUAAAAUUUUAAUUCUUUUAAAAUUUUAAAACUCUUACGUUCCGGA